UCUCUCUGAGCGUUCCUAAAUCCUCGGGUUAUUCCGUUUCUCUGUCCAGGACAGGAGCAGCCACCGCCACCAACAAAGAAGACGGAGUAUAAUAACAGGAAGUGAGUAAGGGGAAGUGAGCAGUGACCUGUGUGGUCACGGCAACCAGAAGACAUUCUCCACUUGAAAGCAGCUCAGUGAAUAUCGGGGUUCUUCCUGAGCGCUUGACCGGGCACUGGGAGAGAAGCACCAGGCAAGAACUCUACAAACACAGAAUGCUCCAGAAGGCGAUGUAUGCAGUCCCGAUGCUGAGGGCAUCCGCCGCCCUGACGCUGGUGUUCCUUGUCGCGGCGCUUGCCCAAUGGGAGGGCGUGCCCUCUGACCCCUCCUCUGUGGCGGGAGGCGGGGAUGGGAGAGGGGACGGCAUGAGGGAGAUAGUGAGGAAGGAGAGACUCCCGUACCGCUCGCGGCAGAAGAGAGCGUGGAUCUGGAACUCCUACUACGUGACAGAGGAGUCGGAGAUGAUAAGCCCCAAAAAGAUAGGAAAGCUCAAGUCCAGUAAGACGGCAGACGGGACGACAUUCAAGCUCAGGGGCGACGGUGCCAAUUCCAUCUUCACAGUGAACAGGAACGGAGACCUGUUUGUGAUCAAGACCCUGGACAGGGAGGAGAAGAGCAUGUACAACCUGACUGCCCUGCUGUACGACGGGAGAGACCAACUGGUGGAGGACGCGGGGGAGUUUGUGGUCCAGGUCAACGACAUCAACGACCACAUCCCCGUCUUCCCCAGGACCUACAACGGGUCCAUCCUGGAGCGCUCGGGGAUAGGGGCUAAGGUGGUGCAGGUGACGGCCACGGAUGCUGACGACCCCAGCACGGUGCACGCUGAGCUGCGCUACUCCCUCCGGCCCGAGGGCGAGCGCUCUGCCUUUGAGAUCAACAUCAUCACAGGUAUGAUCACUUCCAGGGUGGACACCUUGGACCGGGAGGACAAGAGCCAGUAUGUACUGGUGGUCCAGGCAAAGGACAUGAGGGGCAUGACAACGGGAACCACAGCAACGACCUCGGUCACCGUCACCAUCACCGAUAUCAACGACAACAUGGCCUCUUUCACCCAGGACACAUACGAUCUCAGCGUGCCGGAGAACCAGAGGCUGGAGGAGAAGAUCGGGACUCUGACUCUGGACGACCGUGAUGAGAUCCAGAACAAAGAGCCUGUGUUCACCAUCCAGCCGAACCUUAGCAGGCAGUUUGCCCUCUCCCGCAGCCCGCAGAAGGACGGCCACCUUAUGCUCAAAAAGGCCUUAGACUACGAGACCAAGAGCAGUUACAGCUUCAUUGUGGAUGUGCACGAGAACAGCCUGCAGUUCCCCGCUGACAACAAGAACGUCUCCAUCACCAAGGCCAGGGUGAACAUCAGGGUGCUGGAUGUGGAUGAACCGCCCGUCUUCUCAAAACCCAGCUAUGCAUUCAGUGUGAUGGAGGAAGAAAUGGCAACCAACAUCGGCAUCGUCAGUGCCACAGACCCCGACCAAGCCAAUAAGGCCAUGCGGUACUCUGUGGAGGACCAGGAGUGUCCUGUUGGUGUGAACCCUGUCACCGGCCAACUGUUCAUUUUGAGGAAGCUGGACCGAGAGCUGAGGACGACACACAUCUUCCAAGUCAGAGCCCAGGAAGAGCCAAGUGGGCUGCACUCCUUGGUCAGAGUCAACAUCUCUGUUCAGGAUUUGAACGACAACGCUCCGGAGCUGGUCUGGGACGACAUCUUUGUUUGUGAGAACGACAUGGCGGGAACGGUAAUCGGGAGGUUAAGUGCCACUGACAGGGAUGAGCAGGUUGCCUAUUUCCGCUACUCUCUGGUCAAUCCCAGUGACAACUUCACCAUCACAAAGAACGCCUCAGACAACACCGCAGUGAUCCUGGUGAGACAGGGCACCUUCCGCCUGGACGACCCCAGAGACUACACCCUGGGGGUCCGCGUGGACGACGGAGGGCGACCGCCGAGGAGCAGCGUCAUGCACGUGCCCAUCAAGGUGUGCCGCUGUGAUUCCCGGAGGAUACACACCCAGUGUAAAGCUGCUGCUCUGCGGAUGGGAGUCAGCAUCCAUGCUCUCAUUGCCAUUCUUGUCUGCAUCCUCACCAUCCUGGUCAUAGUUAUCCUGGUGGUGAUGAGGAGGCGUUUCCAGAAGGAGUCUCUGGCCAGCAUGAAGCACAGCGGGGAGAUCCAUGAGCAGCUGGUCACCUAUGAUGAGGAGGGCGGAGGGGAGAUGGACACCAAUGGCUACGACGUGUCCAUCCUGACGUCCGCCCGCCACGACGGCUCCCUGCUGCUCCACCCGGACCACGGGAUCCACCCCUCCCUUUACGCCCGGGUGCAGAAGCAGCCCUGUGGACAGCUCCACCAGCAGCACCACCCACUGCUGCCGCCCCACCUCCUCCCCCCCCCCCAGCCGCCGGCCGCCUGCAAGGGCGACAUGGCUGUGAUGAUCGAGGCCAAGAAGGACGAGGCAGAUGCGGACCGCGAGGCUGUGCCCUAUGACACGCUGCACAUCUACGGCUACGAGGGCGGCCCCGGAUCGCUGGCCGGCAGCCUGAGCUCCUUGGAGAGCUCCUGCUCCUCCGCCGGCUCCGGGGGCCCCGAGUACGACUUCCUCAGCGACUGGGGGCCGCGCUUCAGGACCCUGGCUGAGCUGUACGGCGUGGACGAGCUUGAGGCCUACCUCCCCUACUGAGGGGGGCGCAGGAUACCCGCCCUCGUCCUCAGAUGAACCUUGAUGUCGAAACACAUACACACACACACCACAUAGCUAUUAACACUCAAACACUCAAAAGAAACUCAGUAACACUAAAAUCUCUCUCAAAACACACACACACACAUAGCAUGUCUGACGCUUGGUUGCACAGAAGCAUAGUUUGCUUCUGUGCAAACUAUGCUUUGAUGGUAUUAUUCUUUAAUCUCUUCCCUUUGUCAUAGGGAGGAGGUGGUAAGAGCUAUCGGCUAUCACUGCCUAUAAAUAGUGUUCCAGCUUCUGAGAAAUGAAGGAGAGUCCGUGUGAUGCAGACGGAUUUGUUCUUUCCACUGUAGAUACUCAUGCUCUUAGUGUGUGUAGGCUCCCCAAAGCCACCAUAAACCAGUGUCACCACAGCCCAACCAGCGAUACACAAGAGAUUAGGCUAUUAGAACAUCUUUGCCUCCCCUUUCGAUGAAAUGCCAACCUGUGUAAAUCUCGAUGAAAUGGAAAGAGGUUGAAGUGGUAUGAUAUCAUCGAGGAACUGGAGCAAGACUCACACUUUAGUCCAUCACAGUCCAUCCUUCUGUAAGGUCUUUCCCCCUCUUCCGUGGGCCAUAACAAUCUAUUGUCUGCUUGGAGGUUGCCAUCGGGUGUGAGCCCUGAAGUCCAAGCUCUCCAUUUCCUCUGAUUCCGUUGUGUCCUCAGCAGGUGCGUAGAGCUGCUGUAGAGAGCAUAAAACACAGAACAAAAUCAACCGCUGAGAAGUGUUGCCUUCCUCUAGGUUUUAUGGAGUUUGAUACUACAGAUACACCCUACACAUCCACAGCUACGCUGUCUUGUGCCAUAUCCGAACUUGAGGUUGACUAUGAUAUUGUAUGGAAAUAUAUUAUUAAGUAUUAUUACAAUUGAAAAUAUUGGCAGUAAUCAAACGGGUUUUGUUUGGUUGCUACUUGUUUUCUUAGUUAUUUGGUUUCUGACUUCCACCUUUUCUUCGUGAAUGUGAGAGGUGGAGUGGAAGGGUUUUGUUUGAAACAGAACUGUGCUAGCGGCUUGUUAAACAAAGACACCUGAGCUAUUUUGAUUGCAUCACGUUGAAAUUAAUUUUUACAACGAAGAAAAACUUGUCAUGUCAAAUGAACUACAAUCGGAGCACAGGCUUAGCUUUGUGGACAGACAGACAGGGAAGCAGUGUGUUGCACACUGCACACACAUGCACACUGCCUAGACAAGCAGACGGACGGGAGCGAUGAAAGCUGGAUUCUGUCAGGCCCAUGAGAAAAGUCAUUAAGACAAGUCAGGAAGCCCGGCUUCAGAAAAAAAAGCUUUUUGGGAUGUUGUGGUUGCCCCGAGGUCCGGGAGGGCUCUGUACAGCUCUGAGGUGGUGUGGAUAUGCCUAACCUUGCAUCCUUUCUGCUACUGUCGCUGAAACAUCUGUCAGCAUGUGAUGGGCUGUAGUGAGUCCUGGAGCCAAGAACUAAUGACCAAACUUAAUGCUGAUGAUCAUCAUGUAGUUGGAUUGAGUUUAGGUUAAUUUAGUUUAGUUCCUUUGACUUUUCCAUAUUUAGUUUUGUUUACCUUCCAUUACCUUGGCAAGUAUGUCAAAAUAGUCCAAAUAGUCAUAAUACCCUUACCAUUCUAUGCCUUGAGGGUUUUUUGUGCUCGGCCUGAAAUGUCAAAAGAUUUGUCAACAAAUGAGCCGAAAGUAUGGCACACUUAUUUUUUCAUUCAUUGUUCAAAGUUUGGAAAAUGUGGUUAGAGCUUCUUUUGUUUUUGUUCUGCUGUUGGACUCGACUGUGUUUUUUUAAACGCUGGAAUGACGUUUGAUUACCGGUGGAGACAAUAGCUGGAAACCAUAUUUUUUUCUCCUGUUGGCUACAUAUACAACCCACCAACACUAACACACACACACAUGUGCAUGAACACUCAGGCACACACGGCCUCACACAAACACACACACAUAAUGCAAAAACACACAAUCUCUCUCUCUCUCUCUCUCUCUCUCUCUCUCUCUCUCUCUCUCUCUCUCUCUCUCUCUCUCUCUCCCACUCUUUUACUCUUUUCCCUCUCUUCCUCAUACGCCCUGUCUCACACACCUCGUCUCUCCCCUCUCUUCCUCAUACACCCUGUCUCACACACUGUGUCUCUCCCCUCUCUUCUGCCUCCCUCUAAUCAACUAAAGCAAACAACUUAAACCACUUCCUGUCCAUCUGGAGGUUGGACCCACCUCUUCCUGUCUCCAUUAUCACUCCUGUGAGCAAACAACACAUUGUGCUCACUUCCUCUCGACUUGGCUUGGGAAACAACAUUUAGAGAGAGAGAGGGGGGGAGGAAGAGAGAGAGAGAGAGAGAGAGAGAGAGAGAGAGAGAGAGAGAGAGAGAGAGAGAGAGAGAGAGAGAGAGAGAGAGAGAGAGCGAGAGGCAGGGAGAGAGGGAGGGAGGGAGAGGGAGCCAGCGAGAGAGAGAGAGAGUUAGCAAUAUUGACUUGAAAUGAUUUUACCAUCUACCGAAACUAAGAGACAUUGGACAAAAUUUUGGCGUCAGGAAUCAGCGGAAAAUAAUGGGUGCCAUUGAGGAUGGAUGCCUCCACCUGUUUCAUCACACCAAGCAAUACAGAUAACUGGUAUUCAAACUUGCACCUUUGGUGAUUGUUUGGAAGAGAGGAAUUUAUCACAACCUAUUGAAUCUUAGGGUAUUUAAUUUUUUGAUAUUUUCUUCAUGUCAAAGGCUUCUGGAAUCCUGGUUUCUGCUGAUAGGUGAUUUUGGGUUAGUUAUGAUAUUUUAAUAUUGGUUCAGCUUUGUUAUAAAAACAGUAAAUGUCUACUCGUGGGUCUUUUCCUGGAUCAACAGCGGAGGGGUGGAGAGCAGAGGGAGGGAGGCUUGAUUGGACCAAUGACAUCAUCUCACAGUGACAUCACUCUUUCCAUUUCAUACCGGCCUCAUCGUGUAUUUUGAACUGCAUUGAGACGGUAUUCUGAUCAUAUGGAACUUUUUUUUUCUGAUCAUAUGGAGUGGUUGAGUAUUGUUGCCAAUGUUUAGAUCCCAAUUUUCUUAAUGAAAUAUACUUGAAUAUUUUUAUAUUGUAAAAUGUGUCAACUUUACUUCUAUUUUGAAAUCUAAAAAAAAUGGAGAAGAAAAAUCCCCAAAAUCUCUUUUUGUACCAUGAACAUUCAAAUGUGCCAUCAUUGUUGCAUAAUAUGUAUUGACUUUCUGAGAUUUCCUCUGUUUAAAUUAUGUUAAGUUGAGUUUUGUUUUCAAUUGUUUUUUACCAUGCUUUUAUUCAAGCUCUUUAACCCAUUGGCUUGAUUAUAUUAACAAUUGCGACUGAAGGCCGAUCUCACAGUUAAUGCAAAACACAAUUAACACUGACAUUUUUGAAGUUAUUUGAUAUAUGAAAUCUCUCUAAUUCUCUACUAAGUUAUUACAAUUAUAAUUAGUUGCCUAAUGGUUUGAAAUGCAAUAUGAUUAUAAACAUGUUCAUGCAUGAAACAAACAUAUACCUCUCUCAAUAUCGUAAUCUUCCUGUAUCAUCUCCCAUACAGUAAAUGUGGUAUCAGUGCUUUCAGAAUGCCAGUAGAAACAAGCUUGCAUAAAAAACGAUGAGCUACUUUCCUGCUUUCUAAGGUGCCUCUUGCAGCAUGAGCAGAAAUGAUGCAACCUAAUGCAAAAUAAGGCCAAGGUUCAAUCUUUUGCGCCUGUGACUGCAAAGGACAGAAGAGAGCUGAGGUUUCACCAGACAUUGACGUGCAUCUAAUUGUCAUCCCUCAGCACACUGCCAGACCAUUAACCGUUAACCAGAGACUCAAUUUAUGUACCCAUUCUACCCAGUGUUGUGGUGUCACUUCGAGACACAGAGUACGGACCCAUGAAGCAACUAUUAGCUGUAGAUGAUGAAAUGUUGUAUGUGUGUGUGUUAUUGUGUGUGUGUGUGUGUGUGUGUGUGUGUGUGUGUGUGUGUGUGUGUGUGUGUGUGUGUGUGUGU